CACUUUUCUCUCACAAAUUAAAAGAAAAUAAAUUGAAACGCUAAACACCAAAAUCAGCCGCGUUUUAGCCCAGCUUCCUACUUCUCUCUAUCCAGCAACCACCACAGCUCUUUCUCACCAUUAAUUCUCUUUAACUCUCUUCGUAAGACCAAAGCAAAUAUCCUUUUUUUCAAGUAAUUUGUGUUCUUGAAGAAGAAAUGCAGGUGAGUUCCGCUGUCUCCGUUCAUCAAGUUUUCAGUCCUUGCUCCGGUAGCGACUUUACGGGGAUCGCCGGUAAAUUUGAGGAGGAAUUUACCUUGAAAUUAAGACUAAAUGAUGAAGCCACGGCAAGCUUAAAGGACGAGAAACUGCCUCAAGAGGAGGAGGACGAGGAGGAAGAGCAAGAGGAAGAGUUUAGUUUUGCUUGCGCAAAUCCCAAUGGAUCGCCUAUUUCCGCUGAUGAUGCAUUUCAAAACGGACAGAUCCGGCCGCUUUUUCCUUUGUUCGAUAGAGAUCUCUUGUUUGACGUGGAUGGCAUUUCCCAAGCUAAAAAUUCGAAAGAACCAUCUCUCCGGCCGCCGUUGAGAAAGUUGUUUGUGGAGCGUGACCAUGCCUCGUCAGUUUCGUCUUCGGAAGCGGAUGAACCGGAGGGACCGUACUGUUCUUGGAAAGGGAAAGCUGUGGAAGCGUCGCCAGAGGUGUGCAAAAAAAGUAACUCCACGGGGUUCUCGAAGCUAAGGAGGUUUCGAGAAUUGGUCCUCCGAAGCAAUAGCGACGGCAAGGACGCCUUUGUCUUUUUGAAUAAUCAAAACCAUAACAGCAACCCUUCAACAAUAACAACAGCAGUGACAGGAAGUGCGAGUACAAAAACGAGUCAGGCAGAGAAAAACAAGAAGGUCGGAAAGGAGGAGAAGCAGCAACAAGUGACAAAGAAAGGGAAGAACACUAAAACGGCAUCGUCCGCGCACGAGAAGCUCUACAUAAGGAAUAGAGUGAUCAAAGAGGAACAUAAGCGUAAAUCGUAUUUGCCGUACCGGGUCGGGUUUUUCACUAAUGUGAACGGGUUGAGCCGGAAUAUCCAUCCUUAUUAACUUAAUAAGCUCGGUUUAUAAUUAAUUAAUCUUUGUUUUUUUAAGAGAGUUAAUUUAUUUAUUGAUUUGUUCUUCUAAUAUAAAGAGGAUUUGAAUGGGAUUUGUAUACGUUAGUGACAGAUUGAUAGUUUGGGAGUUAGAUGUAUAUCAAUAAUUAUUUUAUCCUAGUGUUAUGUUAAUCAAAAUUUACAAAACUGUAUGCUGAACUCAAAGCUUAUUUUAUCGGAAAUAAUUAUUAAAUAUUAUG